AUGCUCAUUAACAACGAGAAUGGUGUCACAGAGUAUGCUGCCUUGCUCAUCCUGGUGGGUGCAAUGGUGGGCUACUAUGUGCUGAUGACCUCCAUCAUCCUGUGUGUCCGUCGCAUAAGGGGUCCCAAACAUACUGCUCUUGUGAUUACACCUCGGCAGCGCUUGCUGAUCUUUCUGAAUCGAUUGCAAAUAUUGGAGCGAAUUGAUGUACUUCAGACUCUACUUUCUUUGGUGCUCUGUGGUCUCUAUGUUGUGGAGACCUAUGGGAUUGCACAGGUCUGGUUCGAACCAGCAGAGAGUGUGAUCAACGUGCUAUUUGCUAUCGAUUAUCUUUUCCAAUUCUACAUCAGCCGCAACAAGCUGGAUUUUCUGUAUUCCAUGAUGGCGCUUGUCGACGUCGUUACGCUGAUGCCCAUUUUGGUCUUCAAGGUGGUGUUUAGCAUUGACAAUGACACCUCCAUCAUUGUGCGGGUCAUCCGCGUCACGAAGCUCUUCCGCAUCUUGCGUUCCUUCCGUUUCCUACGGAACCGUCCAGAAGAUGUGACGCGGGAGGUCACCAUGAUGGUCUUUGGUAUUUUCUGUUUGAUCUUUGCGUCAGCGGGCUUUUACCAGUUGGUUGAGAAUGACAUGCGCGUUGUGCCGGAUGAGCCGGCCAAAGUACCCUUUCACGAAGCCUUCUACUUCAACGCCAUUGAGAUCCUUGGACGCCCACGCAUCGAGCCUGCCACUGCCGGGGGGCACUUACUGCUUAUUCUGGUGGUGACUGCAGCCUACAUUAUCAUCCCAUGGCAAGCUGCUUCAAUCCUGAAGGCAUUGCAAAGGGAUCCCUGGGCGCUGCGCACCAAGUACAAACGAAUGAGCGAUGCUCACAUCGUCAUCAUGGGGCAUGUGGAGUUUCCGGUUCUGAACCUUCUGCUCUAUGAGGCUUAUCAUCCAGAUCGCGGACCUGCGCGGCCUUGCGAUAUUGUGAUACUGUCGCCGCACCCCCCUGAUCACCAGAUUCGGGAUUUGCUUGGACAUCCGGCAUACACUGGGCAUGUUCAAUACAUACAGGGCUCCUCUCAGACGGAGAAGGAUCUCUUUCGCGCCAAAGUCCACGAAGCCAUGGCGGUGCUGGUCUUGGCCUGUAAAUAUCCAGCUGAUCCUCACUGGGAGGACACCCAGGUGGCCUCCAUUGUGCUCUCCUGCAAGGCCUUCAAGAAUGCGCAGUUGCAUCGACAGAGAGCUUUCGAAGGGCGCCGGCGCUUGCGUCUCCUGGCACAGGUGCUCUCACCAGAGACUCGUGACCGCAUCGUUUGCAUGCCGGGAUGGGACAAACUACACGACCUGUGCCUGGUCAUUGGAGAACUCACUGCAGCGAUGCUCGCCGGAUCCGCACUUCACAGGGGCAUGGCAACCAUGGUGUUGAAUUUGGUCAGUCACACCACCAGCCAUGCCUAUGACCCCAGCACGGAGCGGUGGUUUGACCUCUACCACAAAGGCUCUCGCCAGGAGAUUUACCACUGCAGUGUCACAAAGCAAAGUGGCAUUUGUGGGCAGAGUAUUGUGAAUGCUGCACACUAUCUCUACGAGAACCACAACAUGCUGCUCAUCGCUGUGAAGCGCUCUCGCGCAGAGGGCGCUGAAACACCUGGGAGCAACAUCUCCAAGCAGCGAAGGUCUCGGCUGCUGCUUUUCCCUGGCAGCGAAGAGACGUGUUUGCAGGAUGGGGACCGUGUCUAUGUCAUUGCCAGUUCCUUGCCGGAGGUGGUUGUGGCUAUCAAGCGAGCAAAGGCCUCGAAGAAGCCGGUCUUACAGAGGAAGAUGCAGUCAGAGCUGGGGGAGGGUGGCACUUCCAACCAUUCUCCGCAAACACAGCUGGUGCGAAAAGGUGAAGGUGACCAACACACCUGGGAGGAAGACAGCAACCCGGACUUUUUUGCUCGACUCAAAGCCCGUUCUGAGCAAUGGCAUAUGCCAAAGAGGGUAUCAAGUCUGCCUCUCCUGAGACGAGCAUGGUUGAGAUUCAGAUGGCCUGCUGAUUUGGAUGAUGAUCUUGGCAGCUUUGGUGUGGAUGACAGUCCCGCGCGUUUGCCGCGUGGGUUCAAUCGAAAGGAGCUGGAAAAAAUACAGAGCGAGGAGAUUGAAGCAGCAUCUGAGUCGGUCUUUGACAGAGUUCUCAGUCGACGGAGCUAUGAAAGCUUUUCAAGGGGGAUAUCGAGAGUUGAAUCUCCCUUCGUCUCAGAGCACACCGUGGAUGUGACCGAUUCCAUCACAAUGGAACCCUUCAAGACAAAGCAUGCUGCAGCUCCACAGCACUCAACAUCAGCUUUGCAGUUUGAGACUGCGGAGCCCUCUGCCAGAUUAAAGCGUUUGAUGGCUUUGCUGCUUGAAUAUGGCGGGGAUUUGUCAGUGUUGGAGAAGGACUUGGCUGCGGUCGGGCUGCAAGGGGAGCUGCGGCCUCUUCAGCUGACCUUGGAAGACAAAACCAAAGAGCCGCUUAGACUUGCUGAGAUUCCCAAGCCUUCUAAAACACUGGAAGAGCUUAAGGACCACAUCGUGGUCUAUGGAGGGGACCCCGUCUCAAUCGCCGCCACCAUCCGUAUGAUGCAAUUGCGGCAACCUGGGGUCGAGGUUGUGAUUCUCAGCAUGGACGCGCACGAAGAACGUAGUCCAAAGAUGUGGCAAGAAAUCGAUCUUGACACAGUGUACUUCGUCAAAGAGCUGCUGCACCAUCAGAAGGACAUCCGUGGCGCCUUCCUACACAAUGCAAAGGCUGUCAUUAUCCUGCCUUUGAUAGACAAGGACAUGACCAAUGCUCCUGUCCAGGGUUGGGAGCUACGGCGCAUGGUGGACUCGGACACGAUCCUCACCACCAACGUGAUUGCUACUCGAAAGUGGACGCCAGCGACCGAGUUCCAGGAUGUUUGGACGGUCACACAGCUCUUCCAGGAAGGGUCCUUAAACCGAUUCUUUGGGAUGAAUCCUGAAGCGCAAGGUGCCAGCUCUCUCUUCGAAGACCGCUGGAUGGCCUCUGCCCCGCUGAACAUGUCACCCCUCUUUGCUGCUGGUCAUGUCAUUGCCACCACCACGGUUGAUCGCUUCUUAAUGGAGAGCUUCUUCAACCCAGAUGCAAUGAUCAUUGUGGAACGGCUCUUUGGGCUGGCCGGGUUGACCAUUGGGCCGAAGGCCAAAGGUGGCCUGGGGAGCCUCAGCUAUGCGAAUUUCCCCUGUGUCUUUCAAAUAGCGGCCUCUGCCAAGAUGCUUUCUGCAUGUAGGACCUUUGGAGAAGCUGCAAAUAUGCUGCUAUGCCAUAGCGAUCCCAUCCUCCCGCUGGGGAUCUUCCGCUAUCCGAAGGGCAACAAGUCUUCCUAUUCCAUGCUCGUGAGCUUGGAAGCGGCCCAAGAGUUGGACUUUCGAUGCCCGCAGUUUGGCAUGAGCCAGUCCUUCGCGGAGGUCCAAGGCGAACAUGGCUUGUCGAAUCGUUUGCCGUUCGUAGUGACCAAUCCGCCGAAGGACCUGGUGCUUUUGCCUUCUGAUCUGAUUUUUGUGCUGGGGCGCCCCCAGCACUGUCAAGCAGAAGCACCUCGCCAAGAUGUCGAGAUGUCAGACAGUGACGACGAGGCUGAGCUGGAGGAGAUCAUUUCGAGACUCUGA